UUCUCUCUCUUCUCCAUGUUGUCUGCUCCAAACCUCUAAAAAGCAUCCAACUUGGAGUCCUGGAUUCACUCUCUGAGGUCCAAAUGCGCUUUUAAUCCAUAGUUUUUUUUUUUUUCCAUUGCGAUCUCAAAUUUCAGCUAUUGAAUUCCCAUUUUCACCUCAGAGUGUCUCACAAGUUUCCACAGUAUCUAUUCAUAAACAUAUAUAAAAGUAAUAUAUGUUUUGAUCGAGAUUAUCGCUUUCUUAGAUCCUCCGAAGCGUAUAGGGUAUCACUUUAGUCCCCAAAUCUCUAUUGGGUCAGCCUUAAUUUGGUCUCUAAACAUCUCCAUUUCUCAUUUUGGAAUAGGGGUUUCCAUAACUUUUCAUCUUCAUUGACUUGUGAUUAUAAAUUAGUUCUGAUCAAUAUAUCUUCUGGAGGUGAUUUGGAUUUCUGGGUCAUUGAGUUUCAGUGAAGUUGGGUUACUUUUUGCUAUACGGGUUUGAGUCAUCCCAUCCAAGUGUUGGAUGCGCUUAUUGGUUGAUCGUUUUGAUGCUUUGAGCAGCUAUUGAUAAGAUGCAGCCUGAUGAUAAAAGAAAGUCAACUGCAGAAGUGGACUUUUUCACUGAAUAUGGCGAGGGGAGCAGAUAUAGAAUAGAGGAAGUAAUUGGUAAAGGAAGCUAUGGAGUUGUUUGCUCUGCAUAUGAUUCGCAUACUGGAGAGAAGGUUGCAAUUAAAAAGAUUAAUGAUAUCUUUGAACAUGUAUCUGACGCAACUCGAAUCCUUCGCGAGAUUAAACUUCUUAGACUUCUUCGCCAUCCAGACAUUGUGGAGAUCAAGCACAUUCUAUUGCCUCCUUCAAGAAGAGAAUUCAAAGAUAUAUAUGUUGUGUUUGAACUCAUGGAAUCUGAUUUACACCAAGUCAUCAAAGCUAAUGAUGAUCUGACACCAGAACAUUAUCAGUUCUUUCUUUAUCAGCUUCUUCGAGGUCUCAAAUACAUACACACAGCAAAUGUCUUUCACAGAGAUCUAAAACCAAAGAAUAUUUUGGCAAACGCCGACUGCAAACUCAAGAUCUGUGACUUUGGUCUUGCAAGAGUAGCUUUUAAUGAUACCCCCACAGCUAUAUUUUGGACAGACUACGUAGCAACAAGAUGGUACAGGGCUCCUGAGUUGUGUGGAUCAUUUUUCUCAAAGUAUACACCAGCAAUAGAUAUAUGGAGCAUUGGGUGCAUCUUUGCAGAGCUUUUGACUGGAAAACCUCUUUUUCCUGGCAAGAAUGUUGUCCAUCAAUUGGAUCUGAUGACGGAUAUGCUGGGAACACCUUCUGCUGAAGCGAUUGCCAGGGUAAGAAAUGAGAAAGCCCGGCGUUAUUUAAGCAGUAUGCGGAAGAAGAAGCAAAUUCCUUUCUCCCAUAAAUUCCCAAAUGCAGACCCACUCGCUCUUCGUUUGUUAGAAAGAAUGUUGGCAUUUGAAUCGAAGGAUCGGCCUUCUGCUGAGGAGGCCCUUGCCGAUCCCUAUUUUAAGGGCUUGGCUAAGGUGGAACGGGAGCCCUCAGCGCAACCAGUAACAAAGAUGGAAUUUGAAUUUGAGAGGCGAAGGAUUACUAAAGAAGAUGUGCGAGAGCUUAUUUACCGUGAGAUUCUUGAGUACCACCCGAAGAUGUUAAAGGAGUACUUGGAAGGAUCAGAGCCAACAAGCUUCAUGUAUCCAAGUGCUGUUGACCAUUUUAAAAAGCAAUUUGCUUUUCUUGAGGAGCACUAUGGGAAGGGUGGAACGGUUGCUCCACUUGAGAGACAACAUGCAUCUCUACCAAGGGCAUGCGUAUUAUAUUCAGAUAAUUCAGUGCAGAAUUCAGCAGGAGUCACAGAUGACCUCGCAAAGUGUAGUAUUAAAGAAGUUGAGAAGCCACAAGUGGACAGGAGUUGUGGAAUUCCUGGCACUAGGCUUCCAAUUCAAGUUUCUCAAACCAUCCAAGGAGGAGCUGCAAGGCCUGGCAAAGUUGUGGGUUCAGUGUUACGAUACAACAACUGUGGGGCAGCCGCAGGUACAGAGGCUCUAGAACAACGGAGGACAGUCAGAAAUCCAUCUGUUCCAACUCAAAACCCUGCAACAGGGGUUUCGUAUCCUCGAAGAAAUCCCCCAGUCUGUAAAAAUGAGAGGGGAGAAGAUGAAGGAGUUGAAGGUUCAAAUGGAAUGCGAACAAAGCCACAAUAUGUCAUGGCAAGAAAGGUUGCAGCUGCCCAAGGUGGAUCUGGAAGUCAAUGGUACUGACUUAUUCCUUUAGAUUUCCACAUCACAUAACCAAUGUACAAGGGUUGAAGCUCUUAACUGGUCUAAACAAAACUAUGAUGUUCAUCCGUACCAUAUUGCCCAGAUGAAAAGUUUCCAGGCUGUGAAUCCUCAUGGUGAAAGUUUUAAUCUACAAUCUGAUAUAUUAUGUAUUUGCUAAUUUCAAGUGUAGGAAAGAUUAAACGGAUCAUCUAUCUUCAUGGCCCGGUUUGCUCUAUUUUUUGGAUCAGAGACAAAGUUCAAUACAAAGGGCAAUGUGAGGAAAGGCUAAACUCCCCAACUAGCCUAGUUCUCUGCUUCUUUUUCACAUUCUUUGCAAACUAACUCAUGUUAUUUUUACAAAUGGUUGUACCGUUUACAAAUGUCGUCUUCCACUCAAAAGUUAAAGGACUUGAUUAUGCUAUAUUUUGAUUUGAAAGUCAAUAAUUAUCUUUGAUGUACAAGCAAUAUGAUCA